AGUGUGCUCCUCCACCGCCUAUUGCAGCAGGCGCUCCUAAUCAUGCAUGGCUCGAUACAGCAGCAUCUGGUGCUGCCUUUUCUCGCCCUUCUUUUGGACUCACCGAGUCCUUCCCACCGAUGAUGCAUACGCGGGUCGGUCAUAUUCCCUCUUUCUUCAACGCAACUUUCCCCGCUUUUCCAAGAAGCAGCUAACCAGUGCUUUACCCAACGAAUAAAGCCAUCAUCAACCCCGCCUUGUUUUUCCCGUAAAGAUCGCCAUAACUCGGAGGACACAGAGCGACCAUCGAUCAUGGCCAUCAAGAACAACGCCGUCCGUGUCACAGCACGCUCCUGGGAUGACGAGAUGACGACGGAAGAGUUCAAGGUGUGGCUGAAGAGCUUCGACACCAACAAGGACGGGCGCAUCAGCCGGGACGAGCUGCGGCGUGCCAUCCGCAGCAUCCGUGUGCGAUUCAGUGGCUGGAAGAGCAAGCGCGGUGUCCAGUACGCCGACUCUAAUGGCGACGGAUUCAUCGACGACGACGAGAUCGACAAUCUGGUGGAGUUCGCUCAGAAGAAUCUGGGUCUCAAGAUCGUGGCUUAUUAGGAGCAGCAACAUGAGUCGGUGUGGUAAGCUGAACUGAUACAGACAGAUCAUGGUUUCAUCGAUCUGAAGGUGAUUAUAAUCUUGGUAUGUGCUCUUCUUUGUUGCUAUUGCAUGGCAUGUAAUCUACUCUCGCGUCAAUCAAACACUUAUAAGUUGUGUAAAUUGCUCACUGUAUGUGACUUGAUGAAUUUUCUGUUCUUGGGGCUGCUGGUUGCUGUUUAUGUUCCUAAUGAGCAUAAAUAUGCUUGGGAAAGUUUUGGUCUUGUAAUUUCCUCAUGUCCAUGCUGUUGCUAACCUUAGCAGUAAAAAUAAGCUCCUUAAUCACAAGAGGCUGGAUGAUGUCCAUUAUUUCAA